GUCGAGUCGCCUUCACAUCAGAACACUCGCCAAACCAGGAUGAAAGAGAUGAGAGUACUCGUGUAUAAGAACGAAGCAGGGUCGAAGGCGCGGGGGGUGACGGUCAAGUCUUCGGAUUCACUGGCGACGCUCAAGGCUGCAUGCGGUGCCAAGGUCAAUGUUCGAGCGAAGAUGCUGUUUCUGGAAUCGGGUGCGGAAGUUACGUCAAUGGAUGAAGUGAAAAACAACGAUACGUUGUAUGUGUCGGCGGGCGAAGUGUUCUUCAGAGCUGCCGCGGCCACGACGACGACUGGCCACGAGUUCAUGCAGGUGUCUGUCUUGGGCAGCGGUGGCGUUGGCAAGUCGGCGCUAACACUGCGCUUUGUCCGGGAUUAUUACAUGAGCGAUUGGGACCCAACCAUCGAAGAUGCAUAUCGCAAGACGCUCGAAGUCGACAACCGACUGGCCAUGCUCGAGAUCUUGGACACAGCAGGGCAAGAUGAUUUCGAGUCGCUCCGUGCACAGUGGAUGACGGACCGAGAUGCGUACGUGCUGGUGUACUCGAUGGAUUCGCGGUCAAGCCUUCAUCAACUGCAGCCGUUCUUCCAGCUGUAUCAGCAGAUCAACGAGUACAAGCGGCCGAUGCCACCUAUUGUUCUCGUCGCAAACAAGCGCGAUGUAGUUGAGGACGACCCCCGGCGGCUUCAAGUCACGAGGGAAGAAGGCCACCGAGUGGCGGUCGCGUUCAAGGCUCACUACGUUGAGACAAGUGCACUCACAGGGAAGAACGUCACUGCCAUCUUCGAACAGAUUGUGCGCAAGGUUCGGCAGCAGAAGCUCCGCCGGCCGCCGCGGAAGAAGCGCCUCACCGUGUGCACGAUUCUAUAAUGACGAUGGGGAAUUCAUCCGGAUAACUCUGUUACUGCCGUAUGAGGUUGGAGUCUCAGGAAUUUAAAACAGUGCUUAUGCACAUCUCUCGAUGUCGGAUUUAAGC